AUGUCUUUAUCUAUGAUAAACAUUGGCACCGCUAGUUUCAAAAUUUCUGAGAUAAAUUCCAGCCUUAAAAUGAUUUCGGGACCGGAUCCAAAUGACACCCAAUGUAUCUGUUCCGAUUUGCAACACAGUGAUUAUUCACCGGCAUAUGAAUGGUUUAACUACAUAGCAGUCAUUAUUUUAUUACCAUCAAUUUCGGCUUUCGGCGUUGCAUCAAAUAUUGUCAAUAUAUUUGUUUAUUCUCGGGAAAGGAUGCGUAGUUCAUCCAACACAUACUUGUUAUUUCUUGCUUCCAGCGAUUUCUUUGUUGUUAUAACGGGUCUUUUCAUUUUCUGGAUCGAUUCCGCUAGGACUUAUAUUCCGGAAUUAUCACGUGCACCUUACACAACUGUUUAUGCAUUGCCUUUCGGAUAUAUGGCACAAACAUGCAGCGUAUAUUUCACUGUUGCAGCUGCUGUCGAUUGUUAUAUCAACGUAUGUUGGAAAACAGUAAGUACAAGCUAUUGUACAAUUCGACGUGCGUGUGAAAUAAACACGUGUAUAACUGUAUGCUCCAUCAUCUAUAACUCAUUGCGUUUUCCACAAUUCAACUUGAGGAAAUGUUUACAUAGUAGUUCAAAGGAAAUAAUAGUCGAAAUUUGUCCCACUCCUUUAUUUUUUGCAAUCAAUACGAUAUAUAACGUAUAUAUGUAUAUGGUGCUAAUGACGUUACUUCCUUUUCUAUUUCUAUCCAUUUUAAAUGCGAUCAUUGUUGUACAACAAUCUUCUAUAUCGCGAUCAAAUUCGAUGGGUUUUGUCAAAGACAAUGCUUCUCGAAUUGCUAUGACGGCUUCAUUGGGUCGUAUAACUGAUACAAUGCUUCAACCCACCGAUCGAAAUGGAGUGGAUGGAUCUGAUGAUAGUAUAACAAUGAUCAUGGUGGUCAUUUUAUUCUUAUGCUGCAAUAUUUUGGCACUUAUAGUGAAUGUGAUUGAAACAUUUUUUGAGCCAAGCACUUUGUUGCUCAAUUUCCUCACCGAUACAAGCAAUUUCCUAGUGAUUUUAAAUUCGUCCGUAAACUGUCUCAUUUACUACACUUUCAAUAAAGAGUACAAGGAAGUUUUCUUGAUAAAAAUGCAAACAGUCAAACGACAACUGAUUAAUAAAUGCUUGAAGUCGUCUGAUGCUAAUCAAACACAGGGUACAUCAUCCAAUUGCACUCCUGUCCUCACAGAAAUUUUAGAAAAAAAUUCACUGAGACAAGAAGUGAAGAAGUGCGUUUCACCAGUCUGGAAACCAAUGUAUCGUCAAAUCAGAAAUUAUAAUUCUUUUCCUAUAACAAAUAUCGGUAAUGUCGAUAACUCAAGUAUUCCAGCUGGCAUAAAUAAUACAAGCUGUUUGAAAAUUUUGUUGGAUGGUGAUGAAGGAAAUGUUAAAUCUGAUAACGGUUGGGCAAAUACUGAUAGCAUUAAAGGCGAUAUAGUGUCAAGGGUAAAUACUGCGACAAAACGUUGGAUAGCUGAGAUACAAAUUGAGCAUAGGAAGGAAUCCGACACUUCACAUUCGCGUAUUUAUGUUUUGCCUUUGCAAAAAUAUAUAGCCAAAAAUGUUAGUAUUACAACUCUGUAA